AUGCUUUCGAAAUUGCGUGUAGACGGGAUGCGGCAGGCAACCGGGGAGGUCAUGGCCGUGGGGAGCCAUUGGAGGACGAGGGAUCUCAUCGGAGCACUUACAACUGUAAAUCUUUUAAACCAAGCUCCUAGAGAGAAUGUCGAGGAUCGGGCCAUGGUAGCGAUGCGAGAGUUUAGCCGUAGGAAUCCUCCGACGUUUGAUGGGACCAGUAGCGACCCUUUGGUAGCUGACCACUGGUUAGCUCAAAUUCGUAAGCUCUUUAGAACUCUCAAUAUCACUGAAGACAACAUCAGAGUAGGUAUUGUGGCUGUUCAACUAGUCGGGGAGGCCGGCGAAUGGUGGGAAUCUGUUCUAGAAAGUAGGAAGGAUGCGAGAAGAGCGACAAGAAUCGCGGCUCAAGCAAAUGAACCGGAUGUUGAAAAUUUGACAUGGGCUGAGUUUGAGGCGCUCUUUGAGGAUCAAUACUUUUCGAAAACUUCACGUGAGAAUCUGAGUGAUCAAUUUGACAAACUAGAGCAAGGUAAUAUGACUAUAUCGGAGUACGUGCAGAAGUUUCAAUCUUUGUCUCGUUUUGCUCCAGAAUUGGUGGCAACGGAGGAGAGGAAGUGUUGA